AUGGGAAGAUGUGAAUGUGAAGGUCGACGACCGCUACCACAUCAUCUCCGCUUUGCAGGUGACAUCGUGCUCAUAACACCGAACAUCGAGCAGGCGCAACUAAUGCUGGCCGAGUUUGACAAUGCUUGUGGAAAGAUCGGGAAGAAGAGCAAGAAGAAGGACAAGAAGAAGAACAAGAAGAACAAGAAGCGCAAGAAGUACAAGAAGGCAAGAGAUCAAGAAGAACAAAAAGAAGAGGAUGAUGAUGAAGAAAAAGAAGAAGAAGAACAACAACAACAAGAUGAACAAGAAAAAGAAGAACAAGAAGACACACACCGACACACCGUUACCGUGUUGAACACCUAA